AUGAUCAAUUUAUUCAGUAAUAUAGUUGCCGUAGUCGCUGUUUCCGCGGUAGGCGUCUUCGCAGAUCUUAAAAACAAAACCGAUUAUCCGGACGGCCUCUCAGGCCCCUUCACCCCUGGGCUUAAUAACUAUACGGAAGCCCCCCUCGAGUGGUUUACUCCAUGGGGCGCCGGCUGGAUCCCCAAAGGAUGUAAAGACCGUUUCAUUGGAAAAGGAUACGAUGCAGAUGAUGCUGAAGUCUUCAAUAUUAAAUACACCGACUGUGACCAGGCGUGGACGUUCUGUCGCCACAAAGAUGCCCAGCUCAGCCUUAAGGAUAUGGCAGACUCUUUUGGGAGAAUGUCUGUUCAUAUGAGGAGUUUGGUUCGACACCCAAUUGCUCUACCAGCAUCGAGUGGUUGCUCUGCCCUAGCGUAUACAGAUAUUGGGGAUGUUGUCAUGCUUGGAAAUUGCAAGGGCCUUACCGUCUGGCUACAUGAGACAGGACACCAACUUGAUGCUCGCCUAAAACCCUCUAAUCGGUUCAGUGGCACGACACCUUGGUUGGAAGCUCUUGAACGUGACACCUGCGUCCCAGAUAGCUAUGCAAAUACUAAUACCGUCGAGGAUUUCGCUCAAGUCGUUGUCGUCGCUCAACACGAGACCCUUCUCGGCUACAAGCCUGAAGAAGCAUUCCCGGGUUGCUUAGACCAACGCCAAAGUCUUUUGGAGCGCACAUUCCAGUCAGAUUAUCUCGAGUAUGUCGGCCGCUGCAGCAAUCGACCUAGAGAUUUCGAGAUAGUUUCGACAAAGACAACUAAGAGGGAGAAGAUGAAGAUGAUGAAGCGCGCUAAGGCACAGGAGGGCAAUGAUCCAAACGUCGUUGGACCUUGUUCAUUUCCGUAA